AUGCGGUUUCUUCAAACCCUGGCGACCUCGCUGCUGCUCAGCGGCAGCGCCAUAUGCGUGACGGCGAAUGGCGCGCCGGCCCACAAGAUUUCGCCCAAGAUUUUCAUUGUCUCCAUGUUCGAACCGGAGGCCGCGGCGUGGUGGAAUAUCCCCGAUUUCAACGUCCGGGCUCACAACAUCACCGUCCCCGGCCUGUCGCCCAUCUACCCGGACGUUUAUUGCACCGAAGACUACGCCAUCUGCCAAUUGAUUACCGGUGAAUCGGAGAUUAAUGCUGCCAUAACCGUCAACGCGGUGGCCUUCUCGCCGCAGUUCAACCUCACGCAAACAUACUUCUUCAUUGCGGGCAUUGCCGGUGUUAACCCUAAGCGAGCGACCACCGGCUCUGUGAUCUUUUCGCGGUACGCGGUACAGGUCGCACUCCAGUAUGAGAUUGACUCCCGAGAGCUGCCCAAGAACUAUUCGACGGAUUACAUUCCCCUGGGCUCCGACUUUCCCAACAAGUAUCCGACCAAUAUUUAUGGCACUGAAGUGUUUGAGGUGAACGCUGAUCUGCGCACCAUGGCCGCCAAGUUUGCUCUGAAAGCGAACCUCUCUGACUCGGCCACCGCCAAAGCCUAUCGUGCCCACUAUGCGACGCGAGAUGGAGAAUAUAACGCGGCCACUCUGUCCCCGGGUGUCGUGGAAUGUGAUGUCGCGACAUCGGACGUGUACUACAGCGGCAAUCUUCUAGGGUCGACCUUUGACAACACAACCAAGCUCCUGACAAAUGGGACCGGCAAAUAUUGUGCCAGUGCCCAGGAAGAUAAUGCCACCCUGGAGGCCCUGCUGCGAUCAUCGGCUCGCAACCUGACCGAUUUCUCCCGUAUUAUUAUCAUGCGCACAGCAUCGGACUUUGACCGGCCCUAUCCUGGCUCCUCGGCGGCCUACAACCUGUUUGAGGCCGACCAAGGUGCCUUUGAGCCAGCGAUUAAGAAUAUCUACAAGGCCGGUAUUCGCGUGGUCCAAGGAAUUCUGCAUGGCUGGAAAGAUACCUUUGCUAAGGGUGUCAAGCCGCACAACUACGUUGGUGAUAUUUUCGGUACCCUGGGUGGCCAUCCUGACUUUGGGCCGGGCCGGAAGCAAGCUCUCGAGGAAAGCAGCGCACUGAAGAAAAGGAAUGCCAACAGCCGCCUGGGACGACGUCGUUGA